GAGUGGGAGAGCGGCCGGGCAUGCAGCGACAGAUCCCGGGGAGCGCAGAGCCGGGGAGCCCGCACGCCGCGCGGCGCAGGCGGCAGAGCCCCGGCGAUAGGGAUCGCAGCCAGCAUGUGCCACCUAAUUGCUCCCCCCCUUUGAAAGCUGCCGGCGAGCAGACGGCGGGGUGGGGGGGUUAAUUCCCCGGGGGGCGGCGAGCCCCAGCGGCGCGGCUGUCCCGGCGGGUCCCGGCCCCCGGGAGCUCGGCUCAGACGUGGAGGGGCUGGAAAUCCCCGGCGGGUGAUGCCCGGCUGGGCCAGCGCAAGGAGCUGAGGAUCCCGCGGGGCUGCCGGCUGCCCGAGGAGCUGCUAUGACCCCAGAGAAGGUGCUGAGGGAGGGGCUGCUGGAGAAACGCAGCGGGGGGCUGCUGCAGCUCUGGAAGAAGAAGCGUUGCCUGCUGACGGAGAAGGGGCUGGAGCUCUUCGAGCCCAAGGGCUCGCGCCGCAAGGAGCUGAGCUUCUCGCGCAUGAAGGCGGUGGAGUGCGUGGAGUGGAAGGAGCGGCACAUCUACUUCACCGUGGUGAUGGAGGACAGCCACGAGAUCGACUUCCGCUGCGCCCAGGAGGACCCGGGCUGGAACGCCGCCAUCACCAUGGGCCUCGUCCGCUUCAAGAACCAGCAGGCGAUCCAGAUCGUGCGGGCCCGGCACAGCUGCAGAGCAGUGGUGCAGUACGACGCAGCCGCGGUGGGCCAGCCCACGGACACGCAGCAUCCAAAGGGCAGGAUGGAGAUGGCCCUCGGCUCAGCGGGCAGUAGGGAGAAUGGGAUCCCAGUGGGCAAAUGAGGCCAGCACGGGUGCCGGCUUCCCGUGGCCCGCUGUGCCCCCUCCAGCGGGGGACUGUCACACUGCCAGCCAACCCGGAGCCGCACUGCCUGGGGCAGGACGGAGAAGCACCUGCGGAGCUGAGCGGGCACAGCCGCAGCGUCCAGCCACAUCCCCCCUUGGCCUGUCAGCGCGAGAGCUGAAGGGGCAAAAGGACACAGCCGGGGCAUCCAGAUGUGGCAGAGGUGGCAUCUCUCCCCAGGCACCUGGACCUUGACGGACUAUGGGGACCUCCUGGGCCAAGGCCUCUCCUGCAGGACGGGAUGGGGAUGGAUGAGGUUGAGCUCACAGAAAGCGUCAUGACAGUGAACUCUGUUUUACAUGUGAGAUGGCACUGGGACGGACCAACGCGGAGAGACAUGUUUUCCCCUGAGCCCUCACCUCGCAAGGGGGCUGUGGGGCUGCCCCAAGCUGCUGCAGAUGGGACCCCUCUGGUCAUUUUGUCCAGAUGCCCUGGUGACAUUGGCUGUUGCGACUCUGCUGCCGGACAUCCUUCUGCCCUGGGCCAUCCUCGCUGUUAGUGCCUCAGGCCAAUGGGCGACGCUGGAGAAAGCAAUGGGCAUCCUACCUCCCUGUACCCAAUAGAUCCCUUAUGUUGUAGCCAAGAAACCCUUUUGCUGCUUA